AUGAAGUUAGACUGGAGUAAGAUUAAUAUAAAGUUAUUAGGUGAUAUCUUCUUCCUUACAGGAGCUGGACUUUCUAUGUAUUAUUUAAUAAAUCAUAUUCUCCAAGAUUCUAUGGGAGACCAAUCAGUAAAAUCAAAAGAAUCUAGAAAGAAAAGUCAAGGAGUGUUGAAAAAGAUCACCAAUAAGAACCCUGAAUUGAAGAAUUUGGUCCUUAAUGAGUAUGAAAAGUCACUAUUGAAUUCAUUAAUCACUCCUGAUGAUAUAAAUGUGGACUUUAAUGAUGUAGGAGGAUUAACAGAUGUUAUCGAUGAAUUACAAGAAUCAGUUAUCUUACCUUUAACCGAACCCGAACUUUUCACAGCACAUCAAUCAUUGAUUCAAUCACCAAAAGGAGUAUUAUUCUAUGGACCACCAGGAUGUGGUAAAACCAUGUUAGCUAAAGCUAUUGCUAAAGAAAGUGGAGCUUAUUUUCUUCUGAUUAGAAUGUCAACAAUAAUGGAUAAAUGGUAUGGAGAAAGUAAUAAAAUAGUUGAUGCCAUAUUUUCUUUAGCUAACAAAUUGCAACCUUGUAUCAUCUUCAUUGAUGAAAUCGAUUCAUUUUUAAGAGAUAGAUCAUCCAAUGAUCAUGAAGUGAGUGCUAUGUUAAAAGCAGAAUUCAUGACUUUGUGGGAUGGUUUAUUAUCUAACGGUAGAAUUAUGGUUAUGGGAGCUACUAAUAGACAAAAUGAUAUUGAUUCUGCAUUUAUGAGAAGAUUACCCAAACAAUUCUCCAUCGGUAAACCAGAUGCCAGUCAAAGAAGAUCAAUUUUAAGUAAAAUCUUAAAUGAUAGUAAGUUAUCAUCUGAUUUUGAUAUCGAUACUAUUGUUAAUCAUACAAAGGGAUAUAGUGGUUCUGAUUUGAAAGAAUUAUGUAGAGAAGCUGCAUUGAAUUCCAUGAGAGAUUUCAUUAAAUCCAAUUAUGCUGGAGGUAAAAAGUUAAAUACCAAUAAACCCGAUGUAAAACCUUUGAAAACAUCAGAUUUCUUGAAAAACUUAUCUGGUAGUAUGAUCUCAUCUUCAAUCGAUUAA